AUGGGUAGUAUGCAUGUGGCUUUUGAACAAAUGAAGAUGAUUCAAGACAUUCUAGAAAACAAAGACAAUGUUUCCACUCUAUUGGAGCUUUCUACUGCUCAGCACAACCUCCUGACUUCACCUAUCUUCUUACCAAAGCUGGAGGAUCAAGGAAAUGUCAACCUGAUCUCACUUGCAAUGGCACAAGAGCUGGGUAUUCAAGGUAGUUUGCAGCGCCCAAGCUCCACAAUCAUGUUUGGAGAUGCUACUUCUAAGUCGCCUCUUGGUGUGUUCAAGAAUUACCCUUUGAAAGUGGGUGAGUGCACAAUCCCUACUGAUCUUACUGUUUUGGAUAUGGUUGAGGAGAAGGAUGUACCACUGAUUUUGGGAACCCCUUUCCUUAGUCAGGAAGCUGGUAGAGUUGUGAAGAAGAGGGUUGUGAGGGAAGCAAGACCUGAUAGACUUGUACAAGCGCCUUGUGACCUUAAUGAGGAGAGCCUUCAAGCUUUGUUCAAUGAGCCACUAGGAAGUGCUCAAAAAGAAGGGAAGGAUGCAGCCUCAAAGGCACUUUUGGGUGAUAAAAGAAAGAAUCCACAGCCUCAGGCUCCCUCAAGCAAGCGAUCUCAGCUCACCUUGACCUUGUUUCCCUUUAAGUUUGAGAAUGGGAAGACUGAGUACAAGAUUAGGUACAAGGGCAGAACCAGACCUUUCUCUAAAUCUAGAGAUUUGAUCACUCAUGAACAUUCCAAAGAUCCAACCAAGUUAAAGGAGCUUCUCUCAUCAGUCCUCACUAUCACCCUUGAUGGUGGGACUAGCUCAUCCCAUGCCUAA